CACACACACACACACACACACACACACACACACAUACAGAGACAGACAGACACACAGACAGACAUCUGCUGCUGACAGACGGAGCAGCCUGUCCUCACCGCGGAGCUCCAACCUGCAGCUUCACCCUCAGACAGACAGACAGCAGCACUCAGUCAUGGAUGGACAACUUCCUCUCCACACGUGUGUCUCUGUGUCUCUGCUUUAAAACAGCACUCAUUAUUACUAUAUACAUAUUUAUACAUCAUUCGGGAGGCUUGAGGUGAACUCGGCUGUGAGCAUGGACCGACUGGAUGAAUGGGGCUUCAAGUCCAAGACCAUGGCCCUGGAGGAGGACUUCUACUUCGACUACGGAGCCGAGGAAAUAACAGAUUACCGGGACCCCAGUGAACUUGUGGCUGCGCUGAAACAAAAGGAGGAAGAGGUUAUUUUGGCAGCUCAGCUGGGAAACGCGUUGCUCCUGGAAAACCGACAGCUGAAAGAUCAGAGCGACAAACUUCAUGAACAAUACGCGGACAAGCUGGAGGAGCUGGAGCAGGGCAGGCAUGAGCUGCGGCUGAAGCUGGAGGGCUGCCAGUCCCAGUGGGAGAGCCAGGUGGGCGACCUGGAGAGGGAUGCGAGGGAGCUGAGCGCCCAGGUGGAGCGGCUCAGCCAGGCCCUCAGCGAGGCCGAGCGGGACAAGAGUCGAGCCCAGCUGGAGCACAGCGAGCACACGCAGAGGCUCCGGGAGCAGCUCAACACCGCGAUGGAGGUGGAGAGAGCCAUGUCCAGUGAGCUGCAGGCGCUGAAGCAGGAGCUCCAACAGAAAGGAAGCGUCAACAGGCCGCAGGACGAGGAGCUGAUCAGCGCCAUGAGGGAGCAGGUGCUGCGUCUCACUCAGAAGGAGCAGGUGCUUGAGGAGCGUUUGGAGAGUGUGUGUCAAGAAAACACAGAGCUGAGGGCAAGUUUGGCCUCUUUGCACACACGCCUGGCUCUGCAUGACCAACUCAACCAGCAGCAAAGCCAGCAGCUCGCUGAGGCGUGGCAGGAGGUGGAGGCGGUGCGGGGUCGCUCACAGCAGCUGCAGGCCCAGGUGGAGGAGCUACAGGAGGAGGUGUCGCUGCAGGAGGCCAGGAGCCACGGAGACGCCUCCCUGCUGUCUGAGCUGGAGAGCAGCCUGGAGACGGCAGAGCUGGGAGUCAGCAGAGAAGAGAUGAAGCAAGAAAUGAGCUCCAUCCUUCAGUUACUGCUCCCGCUGACCCAGGAACUGAGCAGCCCGGGGAGGUCGGAGGUCGUGGAUCAACACGGGGACCUGCAGGCCAUGUUGCACCAGCUGAAGGGAGCGGCCCAAACUCUGGCGCAGGCAUCCGGCCCUCAGGAGCUGAAUCGGGCUUUUGUCGACAGGACGGGUGAUCAGUGUGGGAAUCCGAGCGUGGCGCAGGAGCUGAGAGAUCAGAACGUCCAGCUGCAGCAGGAAAACACUGAGCUGAGGCAGAAGCUGCAGAGUGCACAGGAGCAGGCUGCUGUUGCCCAGCAGGCCAUCAGAGACCGAGAUGAAGCCAUAGCCAAGAAAAACCUAAUGGAGGCCGAGUUGGUGAGAAGUAAAAAUGACAUGAUGUCCCUGAACAACCAGUUAUUAGAAGCCAUCCAACGUAAACUGGAGCUGUCGCAGGAGCUGGAGGCCUGGCAGGACGACAUCCAGAUCAUCAUCAACCAGCAGCUCAGGUCGCAGCAACAGUCGGAGCUUACUCAGAAGAAGUCGACCUCCAACGGCAUUUCCUUCUUCCGCAGGCCGAGUAAGACGUCCUCCACCUGGACACGUCAGCCCCCCACCUCGUCCUCCUCCUCCAUCUGGAGUUCAGACGCUAAUCAAGACAAAAACCAAUCCCCCUGGAGGGACUGGUUAAGACGGGGGAAAGGAGCACAGUAUGACAAAUAACGGACAAUGAGCACUGAGGAGAGGUCAGAGUGCAGCUUCCUGAACAUUAUGUAUGUUGAAAAGAAGCCAUAAAGACACUUUAAAUUCAGUGAUGAACAACAGAGCCACGUCAGAAACUUUGAAAUAGACACUUACCUGCACACAUUUCACUGAGGGGAUGAACCUUCUGAAAAUUUAAACUGUGGUUACCUGGAACACUAACAUUUUAUUUCAAAGAUUUGCUUGAGUCUGUAAAUAUUGUGCCUUAUUUUGUAAUAUUGUGAAUGUGUGAGACUUAAUAUGGUGUAUAUGACAGGUGCAAAACAGGAGAGUAUUGUUCAGAUUAUUUAACGUCACAGAACAAAGAGAAGUAAACGAUCAAAUGUUUUUUUUUGUAAUCAUACUGAAUUCUGUCUUUGCAUACCAAGUUGGAUGUGAAUUUCAUUUUUUUUUUACAGUCAGUUUUUCUCACAAGCUAAAUAUGUAAGAAAAAAAAAAGAGAGAAGUUGAUUGUGUAAGUGACACUGACUGUUUUCAAUUAGUAAGAUGUUAUUUUGUGUAAUUUCAGUUCCAUUUGUUUAUUUACAAAAAACAAAACAAAUGUAUUCUCUGAAUGAGGACUCGGUGUACUUCAUGUCACGUGUAAGUGUUCUGAGACUCAGUGUUUAUCAUUAAAGCUGCUUAGUACAAACUGUG